AUGUCUGACCCCUUUCAUUUUGACUUGAUCAUACGGAACGGGACCGUAGUCAAUGCCUCUGACGAGACCCAGUGCGAUAUCGGGGUGAGAAAUGGGGUGGUCACUUGCCUCGGCAAGAACCUGCCUGUACCGGAGGGGUGCAAGGUGAUAGAUGCAGAGGGAGGGUGGAUCACACCUGGAGGGGUCGACUCACACGUCCACAUCGGCCAGAAUCAGGGCAAUGCCCAGAGCGCCGAUGAUUGGACGACCGGUACAAGAGGCGCUAUCGCCGGCGGGACUACCACUGUCGUGGCUUUUGCGGUUCAGGUGCGAGGUGAGAAGGUCAUGCCUGCAGUUGAGGCGUACUAUGAUCUGGCGGACGGCAAGACGCACUGCGACUAUUCAUUUCAUGCGAUUAUCAGUGACCCGACGGACGAGGUGGUAGAUAAAGAGCUGGCCGAGCUGGUCAAGUUCGGAGUGACCUCUGUCAAGGUGUAUAUGACCUAUGCCGACAUGGCUCUUAAUGAUCGACAGAUGCUAGACAUCCUCGCUGGAUCCCGACGUCACGGACUGACCACGAUGGUCCACGCCGAGAACCACGAUAUCAUCGAGUGGAUGGCUGAGCGCCUGCUCAAGCAGGGCAUGUCGGAGCCGAUGCACCACGGUACCUCCCGCCCUCAGCUCGUCGAAGACGAAGCGACCCAGCGCGCGCUCGCCCUGGCUGAAGUGAUCGAUGCCCCGAUGCUGCUCGUUCACGUCUCAGCCAAGGAGGCGACGCGGGCUAUCCGGAAAGCCCAAACGAGAGGCCUGCCGAUCUAUGGCGAGACAUGUCCGCACUAUGCUCUGCUUACUGCUGAAAAGAUGCAGGCGCCUGGGUUCUUGGGUGCCAAGUGUGUCUGCUCUCCACCGCUGCGGAGUGACCCAUCAGACAAGGCGGGGAUCUGGGAGGGACUAGCCAAUGGGACUUUUACAGUACUCUCGUCUGAUCAUGCCCCUUUCAACUUCUUCGACGAGACCGGCAAGAAGUAUGGUCUGAUAGAAAAUACCACCAAGAACCCCGCUGGCAACUUCCGAGCCAUACCCAACGGCAUCCCAGGCAUCAAUACCCGCUCGCCUCUGCUCUGGUCAUACGGUGUCCUCGAGGGUCGUAUCUCGCGCCAGCGCUUUGUGGAGCUCAACUCGUCAAACGCUGCCAAGCUGUACGGUAUGUACCCCAAGAAAGGUACCAUCCAGCCUGGAUCCGACGCGGACUUUGUCAUUUGGCGCUCGGACGCUUCGCGCAAGUCGACGAUCAUUAAGCAGGAAAACAUGCACCAUGGAGUCGACUAUACGCCAUACGAGGAUAUGGAGGUCAAGGACUGGCCAAGGCUGGUGAUACUGCGGGGCGAGGUGGUUUACGAUGGAGAAAGUAAUCAGAUCAUGAACCAGCCUGGAGGCGGGGAGUUCAUCAAGCGGAGACUGAGCAGCUUGCCUGGACCAAGAGGUACCUCACGAGCGUGGAUCAAUGACUUCCAGCCACAUAAGAUCUAG